GACGUCUUCCUCCAUCUUUCUUUUUGUCAAACUCUCGGUGAACUAAACACGCGGUGCGAAAGCACGAAUAAAAAUAUCGAAAAAUGGGUCGUAUGCACGCUCCUGGUAAGGGUAUUUCCAAAUCCGCGCUACCGUACCGUCGUUCCGUGCCGUCGUGGCUCAAGUUGAGCGCCGAGGAUGUGAAGGAGCAGAUCAAGAAGCUCGGCAAGAAGGGCAUGACUCCGUCGCAGAUCGGCAUCAUCCUCCGGGACUCGCACGGUGUCGCCCAAGUGCGCUUCGUCAAUGGCAACAAGGUGCUGCGUAUCAUGAAAGCCGUUGGCCUGAAGCCCGACAUUCCGGAGGAUCUGUACUUCCUGAUCAAGAAGGCCGUGUCGAUCCGCAAGCACUUGGAGCGUAACCGCAAGGACAUCGACAGCAAGUUCCGUCUGAUUCUGAUCGAGUCCCGCAUCCACCGUCUGGCCCGGUACUACAAGAUCAAGGCAGUCCUGCCGCCGAACUGGAAGUACGAAUCGAGCACUGCCUCGGCUCUGGUUGCCUAAGCGCGCAGCAAGAGGAGGGAAAGGAGUUAAACCGCGAGGAAGGGAGGCCGACAGACCGGAAAGUGAAAAGAAGGAUCGUAUGCCUAAC